UGCUGUCUAGUCCACGGUGAUUCAUGGUGACCCAUGUGUGUCCAUGCUCCAUAGUGUUUUCAAUGGCUGAUUUUUCUGAAGUAGAUUGCCAGACCUUUCUUCCCAGAUGCCUCUGGGUAGGCUCGAACCUCCAACGUUUUGCUUAGCAGUCGAGUGCUUUAACAAUUCCCCAUCCCAACCUAUUUCUACCCUGUCAGGCUUCUGGGAACCCUGAAACUAAGAAGCCUUUUGUGUUUUAGGUGUAGAAAUGAGAAAGAGUUCUUGAAGCCAAGCCCCUAUCCAAGAUGAAUUUGGGGCAGUCGGGUGAGCCUUAGGUAGCCCCAGCCAUGGACCGCCAGCCUCUCCCAUCACCUGCAGGCUCCUAAUCCUUGUCAAGAGCUAACAUUUACUAAGAAUUGACUGUGCGCCACGCAUUUAGUCCUCGAAGCAACACUUAGAGGUAGAUCCUGUUCUUUCUCUCAUUUUACAGAUGAGAAAACUGCAGCUCUGAAAAAUUAGCUCAUCUAAGGUAUUAUAGUGCUUAAGAAGUAGAGUCAGGAUUGUGACCCAGAAAGUCUGCCUCCAGAGUCUGAGCUCUUUCCUCCCUGCACUGCCCAUGUGAGGAGAUAGCAGCCACAGUGCACCAGCAGCACGUUCAGAUCCCCCUGCCUCCUGCUCUGGGGCUAUUCUCUAGGCCUGUGUCCUUGUCAUUAAACAGGGAGACUGAGUCCUUACUUCCCAGUGUGGCCCAGAGAAUGAAAUGAGUUCAUGUACGUGAAAAUGGCAAAGAAUACUGUGUGUAUCAUGGACUGCCAGAAGAAAGAACAAAUCAGGCUCAGAAGAAAUACAACCAGAAUGCUCCUUAGAAACAAGGAUGGAGAAACUUCAGCUGGCUUAUGUUGGACACGUCAUCAGUAAAGACCACUCACUAGAAAAGGACAUUAUGUUUGGUAAAGUAGAGGAUCAAGAAAAAUGAGGGAAACCCUCAAUGAGAAGAAUUGAUUCUACAGCAGCAAAAAUGGACUCAAACAUACCAACAAUUGUGAAAAUGGCACAGGACCAGGCAAUGUUUUGUUCUGUUACAUAUAGGUCGCCACGAGUCAGAGCCGGCUCAACGUCAACUAACAACAACCAUGUGAAAAUACACACAGUAGGUAUCCCCACACCCAGUUAGAUGACUUGGGAUCAGACUUUUGAAUGAGGACACUCCCCACCCCCACCUCUCUACAGAGACAAGGCCAGCAGGGAUGGCCCUGGUUGGCCGUGGACAGGGUGGGGGCCUGUGUCCACGCAUGCUUUCUGCAGGACUUGAGCCAGCUUGGGCUUCUGGACCCUGCCAUGUCUACAGCUGACUGCUGGACACAUAAUCCAGACAGAGUGGCAAAUCUUUCCUCCUUCUCUGGUGGCAUGACCCCUGUAGUGAGUUGAGUGGUGACUCCCAAAGAGAUUUGUCCAUAUCCUAACACCCAGAACCUGUGAAUGUGCCCUUAUUUGGAAAAACAGUCUUCACAGAUGUAAUUAAGUUAGGGAUCUGGGGGUGAGAUUAUCAUGGAUUAUCCAGGGGGCCCUAAAUCCAAUGACAAAUGUCCUUAUAAGAGAUGAAGAGAAGACACAUAGACGAGGAGGAAAAGGCCACAUGAAGACAGGGACAGAGAUUGGAGUGAUACAGCCACAAGCUAAGGAAUGCCAGGAGCCACCAGAAACCAGAAAUGGCAAGGAAAGACCUGCCCCUAGAAACUUCCGAUGGAGCAUGGCCCUUCUGACACAGCGAUUUCAUACUUCUGGCCUCCAGAACUGUGAGAGAAUAUGUUUUGGUUGUUUUAAGCUACCUGUUGUUGUUAGUUGCCAUCUAGUUGGCUUCAACUCAUGGCCACCUUACCUGUAACAGAACAAAACGUUGCCUAGUCCUGCACCAUCUUCAUGAUCAUUGGUAUGUUUGAGUUCAUUUUUGAGGCUCUUGUGUCAAUCUUUCUCAUAGAGGGUUUUCCUCAUUUUCAUUGACUAAUGAACAUGACGUCAUCUAGUUUGUGGUAUUCUGUUAGGGCAGGCACAGGAGACUAAUACAGCCACCAAAUAGUAACGUUUCCCAGGGUAGAAGGAAAUGGUGCAACAAUGGCUAAAGGAGGAAGCAACACUGGGCUUCCUGCCCAGACCACCCUUGUCAGAACCUGUCCUCUGGUACCAGACAGGCUUCAACAUCCUCAUUAUCACAGUUUUUGCCAGAUCCUGGGCUCUAUACUUCACAUAUACUCCUUCAUUCUUUUCCCUUCAAAAGCCACACAAGACAGGUGCUGUUUGUAUCACCAUUUUAUAGAUAAGGAAACUUAGGCUUUGUAUGAUUAAGAAACUUGGCGAAGCUCACAUAGUUACAAAGUAGCAGAGUAGGGAUUUGAAACCAGGUCUGCCCUAUAUCAAAGCCUAUGUUUUUAAUGUUCUAUUGCCUUGUUCAAAAUAUCCAAAUUUGAAGUUCAGGAUAUGUGGUCUUUCUUAUUCUAGAAGGCCCCUCUCUGGACUGUAAUAUGUAAACUGUGGCUGCCGCAGGUCCCUUCCUGGUCAGUUUUUUAUUCUUUCCCUAAAUUGUGCAGGGCACGUGUUCUCUGGUUUGAAUUCCACUUCUGGAAAAUUUUUCAAAAAGCCUUAAAUAAAGUCAUCCACAAAAUGACCCUAGUUUACAGAGACAUUUGGUUAUUUUCCCCAGAGCCCCUGGGCUAGUCAGGGAGGCUGGAGUGCUGUACCUCCCAAAUCUCACCUAGUGGAUAGAAGCAGGUAACUCCUGCUAACCACUCCACGGGUUGCAGCCAGUGCUCAUGAGAACCUGGGACAAGAAGCCCUCUGGGGAUGUUUUGGAAGCCUGACCCUGUGCCAGGGAGUGGGAAGGGCGUGAAAGGUGUGUACCCACUACUGAACUCUGGGUACCAGCACAUCCCUAAGGCACCAAGGCAGGAUGUAGUCAGCCUUCCUGAACAGGGCUUCGAACCAGUUCAUUCUGGUUCAAACCCCCUGCUGAGAAUUUGCAUGUCUAACAAGUUCCCAGAUGAUGCUAAUGCAGCUGAUUAGGGACCAAUUCUAAAAACCACUAGUAGAGCAGCGGUUCUCAAAAUGUAUUAUACAUAAGAAUCACCUGGGGAUCUUGUUAAAGUGUAGAUUCUGAUUCAGAACAUCUGGAGUGGAAAUGUGUUAAGCCCUGCUCCUAAGACAGGCCAGGCAUUCUCUGAUUUUCAAGGGAAGAAAAAAUAGGGCCUAGGUGAGACAAGGAAGGCUCAAGUGAGGGGUCCUCAGAAAAUGCCUCUAAGGAAGGAGACUGCCAUGGAUAGGCAAAGGGGGCAGAGUAGGGCAGGAGACUGGAUCCUGACCCAGCUGAGCUGUGAGCUUGGUGUUUGAGCAAAAGCAGGGUCUGGCUGUACAAUUAGCAUUUGUACUGAGGACUCCUCCCUCCUCCUUCAUUGUAGCCAUUUCCUCCCUCCCAGCCUGCAGACUGUCAAAAGGGAACAAAUGACUUUCAAGGUAACAAACUCAGGUGUGGUUGAUGAUGCAUAUUAAAUUUUUGUUGACUAUUGAUAACUAAUAAGGAGCUCUGGUGGCGCAGUGGUUAAGUGCUUGUCUGCUAACCGAAAGGCCAGCAGAUCAAACCCACCAGCCACUCCGUGGGAGAAAGAUGUGGCAGCCUGCUAAAAAAGAUAACAGCCUUGGAAACCCUAUGGAGCAGUUCUCCUCUGUCCUAUUGGGUCGCUAUUAGAAUUGACUCGACAGGUUUGUUUUUUGGCUUCCUUGAUAACUAAUAUUUAAAAUGUGCCUCUGUCCCCCGUGUAAAGUGACUUACAUAGAUGGCAUUGAUUACCUCACUGAGGAGCCACAGCAAUGACUUGAGUUAAGUAUUGGCAUCAGUGCCAUCUUCACCUGAGAAAACAGAGGCUGGAAGAAGUGAAAUGACUUGUCAAGGUGAGCACAGUUACUAAGUGGCAAGGCUGGGAUUUGAACCUAGGUCACCUGAUCUCAGAGCCUGUGUUGGCUAUAUCUCCACUAGAUUGCCUCUUGUUCAACUUUCAUAUUUAACCCCCAAAACAAAUCACCUGUGUGCUCACCUUUCUCUAACCAUUUAAAUCAGAAACUACAGAAAAACAAUAAAAAAUCACACUCAACUCCCCAUUCCGAAAUAAUAAUUGACAGAAAUUUAUCUUUCCAGAUUGCUUAUUAUAAAAAUGGCCCAGGAAUGUCUGGUCUCAUCUAACUUCAUGAGGGGAGAAUCACCACCAGCAGCAUCAGCCCAAGGCUGGGUCCUAUGAAGCGGAGAUCAGACACACCUCCUCUCUAACUUUUUUACCAAUUCUGACACCAGCCAUCCCUCCCACAGCACUUUCUACUCCUCUGCUGGGUUCCAUAAUUCACUGCAAUGGCCACACAAAAUUCACAGAUAAUACUUACAAUUACGGGGGUUCUUAGGGAAGUAACAGGUUAAAUUCAGGAUCAGGGGUGACUCAGGAUAUAGUUCUUCGGUCAGGAGAGCUUGUUGGCCAUGCCCACAGACAGGCCUCUCCCUGGCCCUCAGGAGCUUGGGCCUCUUGGGCAGGCCCAGCCUCUACCCUGCUCAGGUAAGUAUUACAAAGCUCUUCAGCGCCACUGAUAAGUGCACAAAGGCACCCCACUCUACCAGUUAGCCUCCUGCCCCAGGGUGCUUAGCUCUCUCGCCAUCUGGCUCUGCUGCUGCCAUUACUCUGCUCCUGCUUUGCACCAUUUGUGCUAUCUCCGGUGUUACAGCUCUGUCUCCUGGGUCUAGGAGGUUCUCAGUGCAGAGACCCUAGAUCCAAAGGAUGCACUCUGCUCCCAUCUCUUCUUCUUGGUGGUAGUGAGGUCCCCCCUUUCUGCCUCUGGGAUGGCUUAUUUUAAGCCUAGCAGAAUGGCAGAACUGACCAAUACCCUCAUUAGGGUUCUAUAUACCUUAUUUGAAUGGUCCCACACCCACAAGUGUGUCAUGUACCUCAUUUGCAUUAUUAGCAAGCUAUCCAGUCCCUUGGUGGGACACAAACACCUUAUUUGUCUAGUUCCACCCAAUCAUUUGGAGUUAUAGGACCAUGGCUAGAAAAGCUAUAUAAAAGCAAUCCAUCACACCACACUUGUAUAUUUAUAAAUAUACGCUUUUGUGAAAAGAAUCAUAUUAUUUUCUAGCUUGUUUUUCCAAAUAAUAUUAAACAUAAACAUCUUUCAAAAUUACUACUCUUCUACAAUCAAUUUUUCAUAGCUGCAUUUAUUUAAUUUGAUACGAUGAGUGACACAUCAUUUAUUUAACCAAUUCCAUAUUGUUGGACACUUAGGCUAGUUAUAGUCUAUUAUGAGUAUAAACAAUACUGUGUUGAAUGAAUUCUCUGCUCUAUUUAACUCUGUAGGAUAAAUUUUGAGACGUGAAUUCCCAGGUUAAUUGUAAGACUUUGGACCUGUAUCAGUGCCUCCAAUGUGACUGUUCUUUCAAAAGUCAGAGACCCAGCCCUCAGCAAGCCAGGCCUCCUGGUGGAGAAACUAAGCAAAAACUUGACCUCUUAUAUUUCAUUCUCCCAAAAGAAAGUGGAAAAUGUGUCUAUCCCACUGAGAAACAGAUGGUUUCUCAGUGUCUGAGAAGACCCCUUCCACCCAAUUACCUGGAGUUCAUCUUAGGAGCAACAAUAAACUGAAAAUGAAAUCCGUUCAGUGGUGCGGAUUUCACACAACACGGUUGUAAAGGUGAAAGAAGAAUUCCCUGGCAGGCACUCUCUCCACAGGGGCAGUAAGUAAUCUCCUUCCUCUGCCUCAAAGGAAUUCCUUCCUCCCAUCUGGAGGAAGUAAGAGGAAGAAUGUAGAGGCAGGAGAGAGGUGGUGACCAGAGGGGCUGAACCCAAGUUUCCCCAGUUUGCCUGAUCCCAGAGAGAAAUCCGGGGCUGCCACUAGAACCUGGUCAGGAGACAGCUACCUAUCUUCUAAGAAGGGAAGCCACCAUCCACUCUCCAAGCUGAGGGCCUGCCCUGGAGGUGAAGCGGAGGCUGGGACAAGUCACCUCAAGUCCCCUGUAGAGAGAUGGCAGCUUGAAGAAGCAGUGCAGUGCGGAGGCUCCUGCCUGUGGAGCCUGAGGGAGAGACAGGAGAGGAGGGAUGGCAAUCAGCUGUCCACCUGGCCUGGCUCCCUCAGGGCCCGGGGCCCCUGAAUGCUGAAACAUGAAAGGAUUCUGGGUCAGAUGAGGAUCUGGGGAGCUUGCUCUGUCCCUAGAGCCAGAAAGAGACUUGGGUUCUGCAGAUUCUCUCUGGUUGCCUGAAGCCCAUUCCCCUUCUCUUCCUUCUGUUGUUAUCUUUAAGAGCCUACUACUCCUCUAAGGGAAUCCCCAGGCCAGUGAAUCCCCAGCUCCUCUCUGCAGCUUGUGUAUGUAUGCCUGCAUGUGCACAUGCGUGUGAGCACAUGUAUGUGAGGUGUGUGGGUGUAUGUGAGGUAGGGGUGUAUCACUGGUUGCCUCCUUGAAAUCCAGCCGGAAGCCAGCGUCUUCUCUGUUCUUUUCUGGUUCUCCAGGCAAGUUCUCUCCUGAAAACUCCACUCUUACUGCUCCAGCUGGAGGGGGCGCCCGUCACAGCAUUUCCCUUGCCUGUCUCUCUGUUCUCCUCUCCAGCUGUUUUGGGAUUAGAUGUGGAGAACAUGAAGGCUGCUGAAUGGAUCUUAUUUUCAGCCUUUUAGUGCCCAGAGGACGAGCCUUCACUUAAAAGACUAAAAAGAGGGCUUCUGACACUGUAUCUCCCGAGUCUGGGUAGCAGGAGUUGAUGAGAGAAUGGUGGGUGGGGUGGGACAGAAGGAAGCAGAGGGGGUGGGGAGAGAGACUCAGAGACAAUGAGAGAAGGCGGUAGAGGCAGAGAGAGACAGUGAAUGAGAAACAGAGAAAGACAUAGAGCCAGUGAGAAAGUGAGUGAGAGGCAGGAGGAGAAGUAGAAAGGGCUAGAAAAGAUGCACAGAGAGGGAGCAAAAGAAGGCAUAAGAUGUGGCCAGAGCAAUGCACAGAAACAGAAACACAGCCAAGAGACUCAGGGAGGGAGGGAGGGAGGAAGGAAGGAGAGAAAAAUGUAAAGAUGAAAGGGUUAGAGAGAUUCCAUGAAAAAGUUUAGAAAAAAAUGUGAGCAGAGAACCGUUUUGAGAGAGAGACACAGGGAGUGUGGGGAAGAGUUGAAUGAAGGAGGAAAAAGGGGUGAAUGUGAAGGUAAUGAAAGAGAAAAGGAAAGAAAAUGAGAAGAGGACUGAGGAGAGCAAAGGAAGGAGGGUGCCCUUGUCAUUUUUAAUAUCAGCUGUAAUAGCCAGUCUUGGCAAGUCAUUAGUAGGGGUCCAGUGCUGGCGGGAAUGUCCUCUCCCGGUCAGCCCAGGCCAGGCUGGAGGAAGGAGGGGCUGGCCCCUGGCGGACUGCAAGCAGGUGGCUUCCCGCCCCUGGGUGGGGCCGCCCAGGCUGAGCCUGCAGGGGUAUAAGUAGGGAGGCCGGGCCAGGAGCACCUGUCAGGGACAGCUCCCGUGGAUGUGCAGGUGCCAGGCAGGUGGCUCCAGCUGCUCCAGCCCCAGCAUGAGCUCCUUCGACCUCCCUGCGCCUUCCUCCCCACGCUGCAGCCCCCAGUUCCCCAGUAUCGGCCAGGAGCCCCCUGAGAUGAACCUUUACUAUGAAAACUUCUUCCACCCUCAGAGCGUACCCAGCCCUCAGCGGCCCCCGUCCUUCGAGGGGGGUGGCGAGUACGGGGCCACCCCCAACCCCUACCUCUGGCUUAACGGACCUGCAAUGACGCCGCCGCCCUACCUGCCUGGCACCAACGGCAGCCCCUUCCUGCCCCAGGCCUACGGCAUGCAGAGGCCGCUGCUGCCCAGCAUGGCCGGCCUAGGGGGCAGCGACCUGGGCUGGCUGCCCCUCCCCUCACAGGAGGAGCUGAUGAAGCUGGUGCGGCCCCCCUACUCCUACUCGGCUCUCAUUGCCAUGGCCAUCCACGGGGCGCCCGACAAACGCCUCACCCUCAGCCAGAUCUACCAGUAUGUGGCGGACAACUUCCCCUUCUACAACAAGAGCAAGGCCGGCUGGCAGAACUCCAUCCGCCACAAUCUGUCGCUCAACGACUGCUUCAAGAAAGUGCCUCGCGACGAGGACGACCCGGGCAAAGGGAAUUACUGGACACUGGACCCUAACUGUGAGAAGAUGUUUGACAAUGGAAAUUUCCGCAGGAAGAGGAAGAGAAAAUCGGAUGUUUCCUCCAACACGGGCUCCUUGGCCUCAGAAAAAACCGAGAACAGUCUGCUGGCGGGCAGCCCCAAGACCAUGGAGCCCCAGGAAGUCUUGGACAGUGCCUCGCCAGGCACUGCCAGCUCCCCGGAGAAGCAGUCACCACCUCCACCCUCGGGCACCCCAUGCCUCAACAACUUCCUCUCCACCAUGACAGCCUACGUGAAUGGGUCAAGCCCCGUGAGCCGCUCUGUGGCGUCACCAGGACUGAGCCCUGAGCCCACUGACAAGAUAGGGCAGAACUUGCUGAGCUUCAACUCCUACACCCCACUCACCAACCUCAACAGCCAUGGAGGUGGGGGCGAAUGGGCCAAUCCCGUGCCCACCAAUGCUCUUAGUUAUGGAGGCUCUGUCCUCAACCAGUUCAGCCCUCACUUCUACAACAGCCUCAACACCAACAGCGUCCUCUACCCCAGAGAGGGCACCGAGGUCUAGAUACAGAGCAGCUCCUGAGGCAGAUGGAGUUGAGUUGAGGUCCUCCAUGCCAGCCACCCCAUGGACUAAGAUUUCUGACUGCUUGGACUUAACAUGAGAGGCUCGAAGGAGCUCACACUUUUUCUAGAACAUUGUUUAAGCCUUUUGUUUAUCAUACACGGGCGUACCAAACUUGCAAUGGAAACACUGGAGCCUGGACGAUAGGGAUAAUGGCAGCUGUUUGCUGAGCACUUACUGUGUGCUGGGUGCUGUGCUAGGUUCUUCAAAGACAUGAUCACAUUUACUAUUUAAAGUCACCCUGUGAGUUAAUAUGAACUUCCCAUUUAAGAGAUGAGGAAACGAAGGUUCGAGAAAAUUAAGGAAUUUUCCCAGGGUCAUACAAACUAGUAAAUGGCAAAGUCAGGAGUCAAAUCCAAGUCUAUGUGAUCCCCAUAGUUUGGGCCAAAGGAGCAGGGAUGGAGGAGUUGGUUUCACAGCUAAAGAUGGUCAGGGUGAGAAGCUGGUAAUGGCAAGUGAAAUAGUCUCACCACUGCCUUCUGGCUGUCCAUCGAAACUUAGUACUAGCCUGGGUGUGUCCUGUCCUGGACCAAGUCCUUGUUCUGUUGCCUGCAACUAACCUGAAGAUACUCCUUUUGAUACUACUCAAGGAGGGAAGCUCCCCUCCAGUUACCAUGGAGUUGAUUCCAAUUCAUGGCAACCCUAUGUUCGUCAGAGCAAAACUGUGCUCCAUAGAGUUUUCAAUGGCUGAAUUUUUGGAAAUAGGUUUCCAGGCCUUUCUUCUGAGGCACCUCUGGGUAGACUCAAACCUCCAACCUUUCGGUUAGCAGGUGAUCGUGUUAACAUUUUGCAGCACCCAGGGACUAAAUCAGGAAGCCCAACCCCAGGGUCACUAUAAGACAAUGCGUCCAGCCUCUCCCCAUGGAGGGCCAUCACUUCCCCAGCCUCUCAGGCCCCAGCCCCCCAGAGACCUUGGAUGGAGGCAGGGGUCAGUGAGAGGAGUGGUGUGCACCCUAGACCCCCACCCACCCCAGCCCUGCCCACUUGUAAAAUCUUAUAAUGCCCAGCUUCCUGUGUGUGUGUCAUGGACCAGUAAGCAUGAGCUGACUGAGUCUUCCAAGAGAAACAAGGCUGAAUAAGCACUUCCUUUUUUAUGUCCAGGAGAGGUGCAUGUUUGUCUGAGAAAACAAUGGCCUCGAGGGAGGGGUCAGUGCUGGGAGGCAGAAGCAUAGACCCUGAGAGCCCUUUUUCUCGUUUUUUGUACGUUCUUUGUAUGCCUGGGAUGUUUCAUCACAGCGCACCCCGGGACGUGGUUUUUGUUUGCUUAUUUUCUUUUUAAUUAAAACACUUUUAUGCAGAAGUGUGUGGCCCUGCCUUGUGAUUUUCCUGUCUUUUGGCUGCCUGGUUGACUGACGGCCAAAGGCAGACUGGAGCUGAAGGCCUUUGGGACAGAGGCAGAGAGGGAGCCAGCAUCAAGGCCCUUUCCUUCCUCCAUGCGGGAGUAGAGGCAGGACAAAGGUACCCGACCCAACAAGGGGAGUCUGUGAGGAUGGGCUGGGUUUGUGGAAGGAACUCUCCAAUACUGAGCACAGAAUGUGCACCAGGCAUAAUCCAGUCUUUAGGGCUCAUGCAAUCCUCAUACCUGCGCUAUGAGCAUAGUCCUCCUGACAACUCAGUGAAGGAGGUGGUAGCAGUGCCAUUAGGUACUAGAUGAGGAAACUGAGGGUCAGAAAGAUUGAGCGACUUGCCUGAAGGCCACAGAUGAUCAUUACCCAGGUCUGUCUGAUUUCUGCCCUUCAUCAGGCUGUCGUACCACCCCAGACAUGGCUAACACUAAUAGCACUAUCAAGAGUACUGUCAGCCACGAGUCACACUGAGCGCUGUGGGCAGGCCAAGAACUCUGCAGGCGGGACCUCCUUUAUAAUGCUCUCAACAAUCCACGAGUGGGUACACAGGUGAUCUCUAAGGCCCCUGGCACGAUGUGUGCUGGAGUGCAUGCCUGGGUGGAGGUUUCUGGGCCGGGCACCCCCUCCCUGGCUGUGCAUUCAGACAAGCUGCCCGCUCAAAAUCUGGGGAGCUCUCUCUCCCUGGAGUGACAGAAGGAGUUGACAAAUCACAACAACAAUGAUAAUAAUUAGCAUUCUUUGCCAGUUUACUACAUGCCAGGCAUUGUGUUAUGACUUGAUUUGCUUUAAACCCACCCACUGCUGUUGAGUCGAUUCCUACUCAUAGCAACCCUAUAGGACAGAGUAGAACUGCCCCAUAGAGUUUCCAAGUAGCACCUGGUAGAUUUGCUUUAUUGCACUUAAUUCUCAAAAUAAUCCAAUGUGAUCAAUACUAUUAUCUCCAUGUUUCAGGGAGAAUACUGAGGGCUAGAGAGAUUCUGUAACUUGAUCAAGGACACUUAACCAGGGUUCAAACCCAGGUCUAUUGACUUCAUGGCUGAAAUGAAACUCUUACCUAUUGCACCUAGCCCUGGAGUGCCCAGGACUUAGCACAGGGGAAGCAAAAACAACACAAAAACGGAGAAGAGAAAAAGUGGAGUUUCCUCAUAAACCCCUCAGAUUCUUCCGUGGGGCAUCCUUUUCUUCGGAGACCAGCCUUCUCCUGGCAAUCCAGGCUGAGGUGGCAGUGGCUGAGAGAAGUAGGGGGAAAGGCCACAGUCUCAGGGCCAUGGAGCCUCAAAGGGGCUGGCCCCUUCUACUCAGACAGGAAACCUGAGGCCAGGAGGGCAAGAAACUCAGCUCCUGUCACCUGGGAGAUAGGGGUCAGAGGCAGAGUUAUAGAGCAGGUCCCUGAAGCCAGGACCAAAAUUUUUUUUAACACACUACCUAGAAUUUUA